ACACGAUGUAGCCUACUGCGUGAAUGGCUCGAAAUAAUGAAUGGAUACAUGAAUAAAAGAUCGACUCCUCAUGUGAGUGUGCUAUGAAUGAGAACGACAGUUUUCGGCGGUAGACGCAAUCUUUCACGUUCCUCCACUGUGGGGCAGCGUUUCUAUAGUCAUGUGCGCCCGUGGUAUUUUCAGUGAGAGGAACUUAACUUGACGCCGGAUCAUACACAACAAUGUGAUGGCAGAUACAGAGGUAUAAAACUGUUGCCACGUGUGUCUGGUAACAGAUAUUCAAGUUCCGAUCAGAUGUCUGCUCAAUACAAGGACUACAACAUGGAAGCCUCGGAGUUCAUUGCUUAUUUCAUUCUUCUGCGACCUUUGCGCGUUGGCGACUCCGAAAUACCACAGAAGUCCAGUGGAACCCACUCCAGUGAUUUAUUUUCCAGUAUGAGAAAGUGAGGGAUGCGAUAAAAUGAAAACAAAUGGCAGCCGACUGAUGAACAGUUCUUUACUGACCCCGCACGAAGUGACACUUGGUCGCCCGGCAUGGGUGCCUACAACUUUGGGGGGGGUUUUGAUUUUUACGAUUAUCGUUGACAUACUGGGCAACCUCCUGGUAAUUAUCUCGGUGUGCAGAAACAAGAAACUAAGGAACGCAGGAAACAUAUUUGUGGUGAGCCUGGCCGUAGCAGACUUGGUGGUGGCUGUGUACCCGUACCCCCUGGUCCUGGUGUCCAUCUUCCAUAACGGAUGGAACCUGGGCUUCUACCACUGCCAGAUCAGCGGCUUCCUCAUGGGCCUCAGCGUGAUCGGCUCCAUCUUCAACAUCAUGGGCAUCGCCAUCAACCGCUACUGCUACAUCUGCCACAGCCUCAAGUACGACAAGCUGUACAGCGACAAGAACUCGCUCUGCUACGUGCUGCUCAUCUGGCUGCUGACGGUGUUGGCCAUCGUGCCCAACUUCUACGUGGGCUCGCUGCAGUACGACCCGCGCGUCUACUCGUGCACGUUCGCGCAGUCGGCCAGCUCGGCGUACACCAUCGCCGUGGUCUUCUUCCACUUCCUCCUGCCCAUCAUGAUUGUCUCGUACUGCUACCUGCGCAUCUGGAUCCUGGUCAUCCAGGUGCGGCGGCGCGUCAAGCCCGAGUUCCGGCCCAAGCUCACACCGCACGACAUUAGAAACUUCAUCACCAUGUUCGUGGUGUUCGUGCUGUUCGCCGUCUGCUGGGCGCCGCUCAACUUCAUCGGGCUGGCGGUGGCGCUGAACCCGGCCCUCGUGGCGCCGCUCAUCCCCGAGUGGUUCUUCGUGUCCAGCUACUUCAUGGCCUACUUCAACAGCUGCCUUAACGCCAUCGUCUACGGACUCCUGAACCAGAACUUCAGGCGUGAGUACAAGAAGAUUAUCGUCUCGCUCUGCACAGCCAGGAUGUUCUUCUCCGAGAGCUCCAACGACGCUGGCGAGCGCAUCAAGAGCAAAGCGUCUCCGUUGAUGACGAACAACAACCAAGUCAAAGUGGACUCGGUCUGAGUGUAGCAGCGAGCGAGCAGCGGACACUGUGAGAAUGAAACAUACCAAAUACCCAUCUCAGAUGUUGGACGAUUUAUACACACAACAACUAUGGGAUGCACAGUGUGUGUGUGUGUGUGUGUGUGUGUGUGUGUGUGUGUGUGUGUGUG